AUGUCGAAGAUAUACGUCGACGAAACAGCUGGCUCUGAUGCCACUGGUACGGGCAUCCUGGAGCAACCUUACCAAUCACUCGCGCAAGCCAUAUACGCUCAUGGCGAGGCUGCUGCUUUCCUGAUACGCAAGGGGUCGGAGGCAGAGUACGACGAACCAACACAAUCCUCGUUGAAGAAGGCUAAGAAGAACGCGGCCGGCAUAGAGAAGAAGAAGAAGAAAGAGGAAGAGCAAGCUCAACGUGACGCGCAGAAGCAGGGCGAGGAGAAAGAAAAACGCGAGAAGCUAUUGGAGGAGAGCAAGAAGAUUAUUCUUGAGGAAGAUUCGUCGUUGCCGGCAGCGACAAGGGCCAAAAUAUCUCAUCUCACCAACCUGCGUUCCAAGCGCGUUCGCGUGUUCGGAUGGGUCCAUCGUCUGCGAGAUCAGAAGGGGAUCAUCUUCGUCGUGCUACGAGACGGCACCGGAUACCUGCAGGCCGUCUUUUCAGGUCGUGUGGCACAAACCUACGAUGCCCUAACACUUACGCUGGAAUCAUCAAUCGAGUUCACUGGGACGCUGCAGGAGGUUCCAGAAGGGAAGACGGCACCUGGAGGACACGAACUCGUCGUCGAUUACUGGCGAGUCCUCGGCGCCGCACCUGGUGCAGACGACGCGUUCACCAACAGAUUGAACGAGAAAUCGGAUCCCUCGAUACAAGCUGAUCUCCGCCAUCUCGUGCUCCGUGGAGAGACAGCAUCAAGCGUACUCCGUCUACGCGCUUAUCUGCUGUCCGCCUUCCGGGAAUCCCUCAUCUCCGAGAAUCUGAUAGAAGUAACACCGCCGUGUCUCGUGCAGACGCAGGUCGAGGGCGGCGCCACCUUGUUCAAGCUCGAUUACUACGGCCAGCCGGCUUUCCUCACGCAGAGCUCACAAUUAUACCUGGAGACAUGCGCCCGCGCGGCCCUUCAUGCGCUGCCGUACGUCGACGCCAUCAAGUGGUUGAACGAGCACGGAAUCAAGCGCCCCGCCGAGGACACCGACGGCAAUCCUAUCAAGGACGAGCAGGGCCAGGUUGUGAUGGUCGAGCACCAGGUUGGGGACGACAUCGCUGAGGCAGCUGAGAGGCAGAUGACCGACAUCAUUGGCACCCCCAUAUUCCUACAUGGGUUCCCCGCUGAGCUCAAGGCCUUCUACAUGAAGAAAGUGCCAAAGGAGGCAGGCGAUACUGGGCCGACGUUCACUGAGAGCUGUGACUUACUGAUGCCCAACGUCGGGGAGAUCGUAGGUGGAUCGAUGAGGAUCGCGGACAUGGACGAGCUCAUCGCGGCGUACAAGCGCGAAGGUAUCGACCCCGAGCCGUACUACUGGUUCACCGACCAGCGCAAGUACGGCACGUGUGAGCAUGGAGGAUAUGGGCUGGGUGUUGAACGAUUCCUUGCGUGGCUCGCCAACAGGUAUACCGUCAGGGAAUGUUCUCUGUAUCCCAGGUCAGCAUCCACGUCUAAUACGGCUGCCGCUGUCGUCGUUGACUUAUCGCUGACGAUCUACCUGUCUAUCAUCAGGUGGCCUGGCCGUGCCACACCGUGA